CGAAGGAGGCGGGAUUUGUUAGAAUACGGGUAGGGGAAAAAUAACAGCGAUAGAGUUGAAGACCGGGUGAAUGAUACACUAUUAAACCUAGCUAGUAAAAGUCCUUUUUGGUGCAGAUGGCUUUUUCUGCGGAGCCAGUGUUAUGUUUAAGACACAGCUGAAUAAAGACGUUGAUGUUUCCCCGUGCCUGCUUUAAGCAGCUGAGAGCUGGAACGGUUCAGUAAAGGAGGCUCGGAGGCCGGACUUUGUUGUGGUAGGUAUGGAGGUGGACGCAGGUUUGGGCUCGGCUCUGGACAUGGAGCUGGGGCCCGAGCUGGAGGAGGAACUUGGCGUUUCUCUGGACGAGCUGCGCAGGUGGAUUGAAGAGCAGGUGGACAGCAGUGAGGUCGUGCUGAACAGGAAGGCCCAGUUAGCCGAAAUGCAGAACUGGGUCGAGCAGAAAGAAAAGGACAUGGCCAGUAUGGAUACACUCUGCUCCAACGCCUCAGAGUCUGUAAUACAGUGUGAAGUUCUAGUGAAAGAGCUUUACACUAACAUAGGUCUGGAGUAUCGGGAGAGCAGCUCUGAAGAUGAAGGAGUAGGUGGCGGCAACGCAUCCGAGGUCAUCGAAAUUGAUGACGAUGAAGAUGAUGACGAUGACGACGACGAUGAUGAUGAUGACGACGAUGAUGUUAUUGCCGUGGGCUGUGUGGUUCCACCAAAGAACGUAACACCAGUCAAAGACUCGCUUAUGGAAGCAUCAGCUGCACUUCAGAGAUCCACACAGCAGGUGCAGAACCUGAUGCAGACAGUCAGCAAGCCGACGCCGUCCACGGCCAUCACGCCUACUAAAGGACUGGCCCCUCCCUCUCCGUCCCGGGGCUCCAUGCUGAACAUUCCAGCAGUGUUCAUGUCUUCAGGCCCUGCACACGCACCCACUCAGCCAAAUCCAGCUCUAAAGCAGGAUGUCAUGAGGCUAAACAUGAGCAUUCUGGGUAAAAAACGCACCAAGACCUGGCACCGUGGAACUCUGAUCGCUAUUAACUCAGUGGGCAGCGGCUUUAAGUACAAGGUGAAGUUUGAGAAUAAAGGGAAAAGCCUGCUGUCUGGGAACCAUGUGGCAUUCGACUAUCACCCAACCCUGGAGAGGCUGUACGUUGGUGCUCGUGUUGUUGCCAAAUAUAAAGAUGGCAACCAGGUGUGGCUGUAUGCUGGCAUCGUUGCUGAAAUGCCCAACAGCAAGAAUCGUAUGAGGUUCCUGAUCUUUUUUGAUGAUGGCUAUGCUUCUUACGUAGCCCUGCCAGAUCUCUACCCUGUUUGCAGACCCUUGCAGAAGACGUGGGAGGACAUUGAGGAUGAGUCAUGCAGGGAUUUCAUUGAGGAGUACAUCACGGCAUACCCGAACAGACCCAUGGUGCUGCUGAAGCCGGGUCAGAUCAUCAAAACCGAGUGGGAAGGGACGUGGUGGAGGAGCCGCGUGGAGGAAGUGGACGGCAGCCUUGUCAAAAUGCUCUUCCUGGAUGAUAAGCGGAGUGAGUGGAUCUAUCGUGGCUCGACUCGCCUGGAGCCCAUGUUCAACCUAAAAAUGAGUACAGCCAACAACCAGGAGAAAAAGCUGGCUGGCCAGCAGCGCGUGCGGCCCAACAUGGGAGCUAUGAGGGUUAAAGGCCCUGUGGUGCAGUACACGAAUGAAAACAACUUACUAGCCAACCGCUCCGCAGUCACCCAGCCUACACCACCUCGCCCACAGCUUACUGCUCCCUCCCAGCCCAUCCGCACUGAGACUCAGAUGGCUAAAAAGAGCACGUCCCCGUAUGUUCCUACCGCUCGUCAGAUUGUUACCACCGACCUCCAGCUCAAAACUGUCGGCAUCCUUCCCCAAAACACCAGCUCCAGACUCUUCUUCCUGCAGUCAGGGCCAGUGCAGAACCUGACACCCAUCGCUCCGGCUCCCCAAACCUUGCCACCUGCCAUAACUACCAUGUCUGCCAUAUCUACCAUAUCUCCCUAUGCGAGUGAGCGGAUUCCUCAGGAGCCGUCCUAUCAGGCCCCUAAUGAUCGCCUCUUCUAUAUGACACACAUCUGCACACCCGAGUGUCUGAAGCGCAUCCGGCCCACGCGACCCAAUCUCCACCGGGGACGAAACCCACUCCUCACCCCGCUGUUGUACGAGUUCCGCCGCAUGACCGCACGCCGCCGCCUCAACCGCAAGAUGUCUUUUCAUGUGAUCUACAAGUCCCCAUGUGGCCUGAGCCUGAGGAACAUGGCGGAGAUUCAACGCUACCUCUUCCAAACACACUGUGACUUCAUCUUCCUGGAAAUGUUCUGUCUGGACCCGUAUGUCCUGGUGGACCGCCGCUUCCAGCCACAGAGGCCCUUCUACUUCAUCCGGGACAUCACAGGUGGACGUGAGGACAUUCCACUGUCCUGCGUCAAUGAGAUUGAUAACACUCCCCCACCCAGCGUGGCUUACAGCAAAGAGCGCAUCCCUGAGGACGGAGUCUUCAUCAACACCAGCCUCGAAUUCCUGGUGGGCUGUGACUGCACUGACGGCUGCCAGGACAAGUCGAAGUGUUCAUGCCACCAGCUGACCCUGCAGGCCACAGGGUGUACUCCCGGUGGACAGAUCAAUCCCAAUGCUGGCUACAAUUACAAGAGACUGGAUGAGUGCUUACCUACUGGGAUAUACGAGUGUAACAAGCAGUGUCGCUGUAAUCCUCAGAUGUGCACUAAUCGCUUGGUGCAGCACGGCCUCCAAGUGCGCCUGCAGCUCUUUAAGACCCAGAACAAGGGCUGGGGCAUCCGCUGCCUCGAUGAUGUGGCCAAAGGCUCUUUUGUCUGUAUCUAUGCAGGGAAAAUCCUUACAGACGACUUUGCGGACAAGGAGGGUUUGGAGAUGGGUGAUGAGUACUUUGCUAACCUGGACCAUAUCGAGAGCGUGGAGAACUUUAAGGAGGGCUACGAGAGUGAGGCGCACUGCUCGGACAGUGAGGGCAGCGGUGUAGACAUGAGUCGGGUCAAAAUGUCUUCAUCCCAGCAGGGCAAAAAUGGCCCCAAGACAGAGGACCGCAAUGUCAGCAGCAAAGGCCAAGAUUCUUCUGAUGAGGGUGAGAGCGAUGAUGACAAAGAUGAGUCAAACGGUGAUGAGAGCGAUAGCUCGGAUGACACCUUCGUUAAGGACACUUACUUUUCCUCCAGCUCAGUGUGGAGGAGCUACACGACUCGCCGACAGGCCAAAGGCAUGAAGGAAGAGAGUCAGGACAGUAAGGAUGGACUGAGCAUGUCAGCUGGAGGAACAGAGGACAGGAAGCCGCCCCCUGUGCCAGAGGAGUGUGGGAAGAGUAAAGUGGCCUCAUGGCUGACCAGCCAGUCCUCCUCCACUGGACCACCGAAUGUCAAAAUAGAGGGAGGAAUGAAGACGGAGAAGAAGGUGAGAGGAUAUCAGCCACAUCUCUGUUUCUCUCUACCCACUCUUCCUUCCCUCUCUCCAUCUCUCUCAUAUAUUCUCUUGUUUUCACCCCUCUUGCAGGAAGUGAUGACCCUCUCUGACAGUGACGAUGUGCAAACUAUCAGCUCUGGCUCCGAUGACAACAAAGAGCGUGAAAAGAAGACUCAGGCGGUGGUGAAGAGGCAGGUGGCAGUGAAAUCGACACGAGGCAUUGCUUUAAAGUCCUCGCACAGCAUGAUGGUGAAAACAGGAGGUGGUGGAACUGGGGGCUCGGCAGCCCAUCAGGGCCAUGGAGGCGGUGCCGGAGACAGUGGUUCCAAAAGCACACGGCAGUUCUUUGAUGGGGAGGAGUCUUGUUACAUCAUUGAUGCCAAGCUGGAGGGAAACCUUGGACGCUACCUCAACCAUAGCUGCAGUCCUAACCUGUUUGUCCAGAAUGUGUUUGUGGACACACAUGACUUGCGAUUUCCAUGGGUGGCCUUCUUCGCCAGCAAGAGAAUCCGUGCAGGGACGGAGCUGACAUGGGAUUAUAACUAUGAGGUUGGGAGCGUGGAAGGAAAAGAGCUGCUCUGCUGCUGUGGCUCCACUGAGUGCCGAGGACGACUGCUCUAACACACACACACACACACACACACACACACUUACUGAUUAUUUACAGUCAGACCCACAUGUAGUCUCUGCGUGUGCUGUUUUUAGGAAGCUAAAUAUUUGUUAUUUGAGGACAUGGAGUGAACUGAUUGUGAAUGAAAUAUGAAUAUGAAACUCUAUCCUUCCUUCAUUAAGUUCUGCCUUAAUCCAAAAAAGGCCACACUAAGUUGUGCGUAUGUAAUGUAAUUAUUUCCUGCAUUUCAUAAAUUUCUAUGAAAAGCCUCUUCUCCAAGCUUUUCUCUCUUCUCCCUGAUCUCUUUUAGCUUAUGAAUUAGUGCUAAAUGAAUUGAACUUUUACUUGUUGUGUUUUCUUUGCUUCACAAUUUUUAUAACCCGCCAUAUUUUGUGUUGUCUGUAUAUUCUGUAUUUGUCGUGUUUAAGGACAGACCAAACUGUACUGCGCCGCAUAAUAAAUUUUUUUCAUAAGCAACCUGCCAUUUGCACACACACACCCCCGAUCAGCCAUAACAUUAAAACCCAGACAGAUGAGGUGAAUAACAUUGAUUAUCUUGUUACAGUUGCACCUGUGACAUGGUGGGAUAUAUUAGGCAGCAAGUGAACAGUCAGUUCUCAAAGUUGUUGUGUUGGCAGCAGGAAAAAUGGGCAAGCAUAAGGAUCUGAGCGACUUUGACAAGGGCCUAAUUGUAAUGGCUAGACGACUGGGUCAGGUCUUGUGGGGUGUUGCCGGUAUGCAGUGGUUAGUACCUACCAAAAGUCGUCCAAGGAAGGACAACCAGUGAACCAGCGACAGGGUCAUAGGCGCACAAGGCUCAUUGAUGCAUGUGGGGAGCAAAGGCGAUGGACCUGUCUGGUCCGAUCUCACAGAAGAGCUACUGUAGCACAAAUUGCUGAAGAGGUUAAUGCUGGCUGUGAUAGAAAGGUGUCAGAACACACUGGGCUGUGUAGCUGCAGACUGGUCAGAGUGCUCAUGCUGACCUCUGUCCACCGUCAAAAGCACUUACAAUGGGCACGUGAGCAUCAGAACUGGACCAAAGAGCAAUGGAAGAAGGUGGCCUGGUCUGAUAAAUCACAUUUUCUUUUACAUCAUGUGGAUGGCUGAGUGGGUGUGCAUCACUUGGGAAAGAAAUGACACCAAGAUGCACUAUGGGAAGAAGACAAGCUGGCAGAGGUAGUGUGAUGCUCUGUUCAGUGUUCUGCUGGGAAAGCUUGGGGCCUGGCAUUCAUGUGGAUGUUACUUUGAUAUGUACCACCUACCUAAACAUUGUUACAGAACAAGUACACCCCUUCAUGGCAACCGUAUUCCCAAAUGGCAGUGGCCUCUUUCAGCAGGAUAAUGCGGCCUGCCACACUGAAAAAAAUGUUCAGGAAUGGUUUGAGGAACAUGACAAAGAAUUCAUGGUGUUGACUUGGGCUCCAAAUUCCCCAGAUCUCAAUCAGAUCGAGCAUUUGUGGGAUGUGCUGGACAAAUAAGUCCGAUCCAUGGAGGCCCCACCUAACAACUUCAGGACUUCAAGGCUCUGCUGCUAACGUCUUGAUGCCACAGAUCAAGAGUUGUUUUGGUGGCACAAUGGGACCCUACACAAUAUUAAGCAGGUGGUUUUAAUGUUAUGGCUGCUCUGUGUGAUCUGUGUGUGUUUGGGUGUGUAUCUAUCUAUCUAAUAUAUAUAUAGACAGGGGACACCCUAGACAGGGUGCCAACCCAUCACAGGGCACAAUCGCACACACACUCACAUACCCAUUCACACACUACAGACAAUUUGGAAAUGCCAAUCAGCCUACAACGCAUGUUGACUGGGGGAGGAAACCCCCGGAGCAUGAGGAGAACAUGUAAACUCUGCGCACACAACAGUGCUAACAACUAAUCCACCAUGCCCCCCAUGGUAAAAAGUCAUUAAACAUUACACUUCACACUGUCAACUGCUGUCAACUGUCAAGGAUUUGAACUGUACUAGCCAAGAGAAAUGUAACAUACAAUGUUUAUCAUACAAACCAGCAUGUUAUAUUAAUUGACUUGUUCAGUUGUGAUCAAUGCCAAUAACUGAGCCAGCAAGAUUUUAUUUCGUAUAAAUUGUAUAAUAGACCUUGAAGUAAUUGUCCACUAAUUUGGCAGUUAAGUGCAUAGAGAAGUUCAAGUUUUUAAGCCUAACCUAGACUGAGAUUGAUAGCUACAUUCAAUCAGAGGACAAAUUAAAGGAAAAGUUUGUAUGAUGUGAGAGGCAUUUAUUUUGCUGCCAUGGUUUGGGUUCACUUGUCUUCCUAGAGGGAAGCAUCACUGCAAAUCAGUACAACUUCUUCUGACUGAGGGGAAUGGUCUCUACUAGGAGGACUCCGCCCCCAUCCCCAGGGUACAGGGACUCACUGAAUGGUUUGAUGAGUAUGAAAAUGUUGUACAUCAGAUGCUAUAACUUUCACCAUCACCAGAUCUAAACCCAGUUGAACACCUGUGGGAGAUUUUGGACCAACGUGUUCGACAGUGCUUGCUACCAUCAGCCUCAAAACACCGAUGAUGCAGUGGCUGAAAGCAGCGGGAACACAAAAAUGAAAAGAAAAAAAGUCAAAAGUCAUGAGUUAUUUUUUAUUUAAAUUCUAGAAAGUAUAACUGGCAUGGACAUUUACAGUAAUUGGCUACUUUUUCUUGUAGAUUUACCAGGCUAACAUGAUCGCUAAUAUGAGAUUCAUGAUCGGUGUCUGCCAUCCAUGAGCAUCAGCUCUCAAAAUGUACUGGUACAAAGAGAAAGAGCUGCAGACCACUUCUAUAUAUGAGUACAUGCUCAUGUGAGAAUUUAAUAAUACAUAUCCAUCAUCUAUGUAUAAUUCUAUGCUACGUACAUUGGACACUCAUUUGCGAGAGUUAGCAAAACAUUUGGCUCAUAAGAAGAAUGUUACAAUAAGGAAACUAUAGCACAGCAGUGGCAUCAGUACUAGCUAGGCAGAUUCAAUGCGCCGUGUGCUCGUACAGUUUCUCAGACCCACAGAGUCUCUCUCUGUCAGCAGUUCAUUGGUCACCUACAGGCUUGUAUGAGUUCAUGUCAGAGAGCAUAAUGUCCAGAUUGCAGAAAUAGUUUCAGUCAGGGGAGCAUUCGAGCUAGCAGACUAACAUGCUCACGAACAUGUCUACGUGCCUUACUGAACUCAGGUCUCAGAUGAACACAAACAUGCCAGCAUUGCUGUGUGAAAGAGCACUCAUGGAGCCGCAGGUUGCACAUCACGAUCCAAACCCACGCAGCUAGUUUAGAGCCAGAUCAGCAGCACUUGCCAGCUCAAAGAGCCUGAUCCUACAGAGGACACUACUGAGGAUGAACAUGGAGGAAAAAGUUACCUACCUCUGCUGUAAACAUUGCGUCCUCCAUCCAUGUUUAAGCUAUAAGAAGCUUCCAUACCAUGCUGUGCGCUCCUGAGUUUCAGAAUCAAUGAAACAGUUUUUGCUUUAACUAUGGAAGUGUGAAGUGGCUCAGUAGCUAAAGCUUUGAGCUACUGAUAUGAAGGUAGUGAGCUGAAAUUCCAGCACUGCCACAGAUGGGCCCUGGAGCAAAGACCCUUAAUUUUCAACUGGUGCUAGUUGUAUCCUAUCUUGAGUGUAAGUUGCUUCGGAUAAAUGCAAAUGAGCAGUGUCUGUAAUGGUAUUUCUUAUAUUGGUAUAUUCUGGGGAUUUGGUUUUGUUACUUUGCACUUGCCCUGGUUAACUCUGUAAUAGCCCGACUAUUUUCCUGUUUCUGCUUUUUGAUUCUGCCUUGCUCUUUUUUGUCCAUCCAUCCGCUGUACCGCUUAUCCUACAGAGGCUCACGGGGGACCCUGGAGCCUAUCCCUGUGGGCUCAGGGCACAAGGUGGGGUACCACUCCAUCACAGGGCACAAUCACACACACCCAUUCAUACACUACAGACAGUUUGGAAAUGCCAGUCAGCCUACAACGCAUGUCUUUGGACUGGGAGAGGAAACCGGAGCACCCGGAGGAAACCCCCGAAGCACAGGGAGAGCAAGCAGACUCCACGCAAACAGGGCACAGGAGGGAUUUGAUCCCCCAACCGCAGCGGUCUGAGGCAAACACGCUAACCGCUAAGCCAGUCUUUUUGUGUGUGUGUUUUUUUAUAUCUGUACCUCCUUCUUUAAUAAACUCUAUCUGACACUCAGAUCUUGCAAGUCUGUGCCAUGACAGCAUAACAACAUAACAAAUGAAUUCAAAAAUUGAUUGUAAGGAGAUUUGUACACAUUGUUAGCAUGAAAGAGUCAAUUAAGACUAUCUCUCUUAUGUAGAGGAUGUGAGCCAGCACUCUUUUGAUGAUCGUCACUGAUAAUCAUGUCGCAUACUUCAAUACAUCAAAGUACCACUAGUGGUAGAUUUGAGGAAAACUGGUAAGCCACCAGAGCAAGCACAGAGAGGACCUAUUCUGUCUGUGUUCUGAUAUACCUGUCUAGUUACAUUUUAUGCCAGUGGUGUGUGAUACCACACCCACUCUUUUGUAUUGAAAAGAUUUCUUGGUGAUUUGUACAUUAUUUGGUCACAGAAGUCUUUUCCAACUAGACACAGAACAGAAAUGGUAUCUUCUUUGUCGAAGCAGAUCCAGUGUCCUGUUUGCUUGUGCAAUUUAGUGAUCCAGUGAUUUUGCCAUGUGAGCAUUCUUUUUGUAAGAUCUCUAUCAUAGGCCACAUGCAAGCAUGUGCCAUAGGAAACCAGUGUCCUGAGUGUUGGCAGCUAAAAGUUUAAGCAAACUGAUCUACGACCCAAAAAGAUUCUAAGGAAUGUUAUCUAAGCCAUCUGAGGUCAGAACAAAACAUGACAAUCCAAAGACAGCAUGACAUCAGUAAAUUGUUCUGCCCUGAGCAUGAGGAGUUUCUGAAGCUUUUCUAUAGAGAUGGAAAUGAGCAUCAAGGGCACAAUUCAAACCUAUUAAUGAAGUGGCAAUGAUUAAGAAGGUAGGUAUCUUUCACUAUGUUUUGGAUUAUCAUGUCCACAGUUCCCUUGACCCCACAGUGACCCCACCUCCCAUCCAAUGUACAUUAAGUCCCACCCCAACAAUGUACACCGGCCAGGGGAGGUCAUUUACCUAGCUAGCUAAUGUUAUGUAGCCUUAUUCUACUACCUAGUUAGUCACACACACACACACAAAACACUGUCACACCAAAUAACUUACUGAUUUGUUGAUGCACAAAUGGAGUGAACAAUUGUGCAGCAAUUUUGCAGCAAGUAACUGAACAAGUCACCAUACAUAUAGUUGAAUUGUAUGAGAUCAUGAAAUUGCAAUGUGUGCACAGGAUGCAUGGUAUUUUAUCAUGAUUAUAAUUGCCUAUUUUGAUUUGUACAAUUAAAAUUAUGGCACUGUUUUUGUUAAUUUGACAUGCUCUAAGUACUCGUCUGAUACUGUUACAGCUCAAGUAGUUUUUAGUUCGUCAAGUAGUGUGUAACUUGUACAUUUCAUAUAAAGUCUGUUAAGUUUCAAGUAUUCU